AUGAAAGACUGCCGCAACCUCCAGAAUCAAAUUGAGGACCUAAUCCGAAGAGGUCACCUUGGGCACUACCUCAAGGAACCCCGGGAAGUAACUCCACGCCCCAAGGGACCCGUUGUAAGGCAGAUCGACGUCAUCUCCAGAGGACCAGCAGCCAGUGGCAAUAGCUCAAUGGCGAGGAAGGCCUACGCCCGGAGCACGAUGGAAAAAUGUUCCCGAUCCGAGCUCGAGCCUGAAAUCACUUUCGGAGCCGAAGAGGUCGAGCGCUCCUAUCACGACGAUGCUUUGGUGAUCUCCAUUCGGAUAGCCAACGCUCGGGUCAAAAGAGUAAUGGUCGACACCGGGAGCUCUGCCAAUGUGCUCUACCUCGAUGACUUCAAGAAGCUCAGCUUGAUCAAGGAGGACCUCACUGCUAGUCAUAGGUGCCCAGCAAGCCAAUCACGUGAGUGA